AUGACUCAAUCACGUCAACAAGCCUUUCAACAACUGCGUCCUCCAUGCGUCGAGCUUAGCUCCGUUGCACUCAAGUUCAAGGCAAAUCAGGCUUCGGCGAAGGCAGUCCUGCUGGCGCUGGAGCGGGUUCACCAUACCCUGCAGCUACUUGCAAUUGAGAAUCUCCUCGACGAGAAAUUGGCAGAGUAUGCCUUCUUCCCUCUUACCCACAUCUUCAAUCAAUCCCAGCGCCUGUCUUCCCGGAGUCUGGAGCUGGCCGUCAGGUGCGUGCAAUUCCUGGUCUCGAAAGGAUGGCGGGAGAAGCUCGUCCCGGAAAUGUCAAAGCAGCUGCUCAUUCUCAUGGGCUUGCUCGUCUCGAGAAAUCCCAAACAACAGGUCGAACCCGCAACGGAUGAACUCAAAGUGGCGGCGUUUGAGUGUAUGUCGAGCCUCGUUCAUCAAGGCUCUUCUGCGGCAUCUGACUUCUUAACGGGCGUUGGCCACAACAACAUUGUCGACCAAUUAGUCUAUCAGCUGCUCGAGGCGCUGACAGAUGCAUCUUCUGAGCUUGUCCAGAUCAGCGCUGCUCAUGCUCUUUUUGAAAUCCAGCGUGCCAUCAAAGACAAAGCCUUGAUAGCCAGCCUUUUACCUCGAACCGUCUCCACCUUGGUCAAAGUCCUUAGACCCAGCACGCAAGCCAGGCGAACGAGGAAGGUCCUUGUGGCUUACCUGCGACUCUUGACCGAUAUCUUGAAAAGGGCCCUUGCUGAUGAGGUCGUUGAUCAAAACCUGGCCGAGGUAGGCGCUUCCCAGUCAUCGAGGACGCUGGGCCCAGACGGUGUUGUGGUACCUGACAAAUCCUGGCUGGAUGCCACAACUCCUCAAGUCGACCUGGCGUUGGUUCAGGUGGUCAAACUCAAGACGCAUGACGGUUCUGACGUUGCUGAUGCGCUCCUCGACCUCUGUCUGACGGUGAUCAAUGACUGUUCGCAGACUCUCGCUCGCUCGGUUCCUCUCAUGCUCGACACGCUGGCAGUUCUUUGCGAUUCAUCCAAUGAGUCAAAGGCUAGUGCAGUAUUGAAGCACCUGGUAACAUCGAGACCCGAGCUGGCAGAAGUCCUCAGUGCCAAGUUUUACGACUGGACACAAACCUUACCCAGGGUAAUGCAGGGCAACGAUGACAAGCCUAAGCAGCAGUUGCUUAAGCGAGUCGCAACAUCUUUCAAGGUGCUUACAGAUACUUUUAAUAUGCCUAGUGCAGCAACAUCUAGAGUUACUUCUGUGUUGAUUGACACGGUUGCAGCCGCCAUUGGCUCAAGUACCAAGAAGUCGAAACUUAUCAGCGAAACCGUACAGAUCCCCGCAACUGAACUUGUUCAACAAUCUAAAAGUCUGCAAAGGCAGUUCCUACCCGUUCUUCUAGGUCACCAGAGCCAGUCAUCCUCAAAACAGGAAUUAGGACAUCUGAUUGCCUCCCUCAAGACACAUCCCCUCAGUCAGCAGAUUAUACGGGGUCUCGUCGAUCAUCUACAUGAUCCUGAUAUCAACAGGAAGCUAUCGGCAGCCUGGCUUGCCUUGCAAUUUCUUGAGUCGAACGAAAGUCAGGCGUUUGACGUGCUGACAUUAAUCGAGGACGAUGUCUCCGCGUCGGAUCUGUCGGUUUCCCGUCCUUUCCUCAUCGCUGACUUGUAUUCAAACGCACUGCCUUUCCUGACGGAAUACCCUGACACGAUCCAUGAAGACGGCACAGAUUGGCGGCUUGUUGCGUUAUCACUGGAAAGUCUCGUGCUGCAAGCAUCUCAGCUCGGUCAGUCGUACCGCCCUGAGCUGAUAGAGAUACUGUUUCCGCUACUGUCCCUGUUGGGUUCCCACAAUGCACUGCUCCAGCAGCAUGCUAUGACGGCCUUGAAUAUCUUGGCCACAGCAUGUGAGUAUGAUUCCGUGGCUUUCAUGCUGGUUGAUAAUGUGGACUACUUGGUCAACGCGGUUGCACUCCGGCUCAACGCUUUUGACGUUUCAAGGACUAGUCUUCAGGUCGUCACGAUGAUGGUUCGCCUUUGUGGUGCUAGACUCUUACCGCACCUCGACGACCUGAUUGGCAGUAUCUUUGGCGCUCUUGAUAGUUUCCACGGCUACCCCGACCUCGUUGAGCAGCUGUUUGAUGUCCUCCGGAUGGUCGUGACGGAGAGUUCGAAAUCUACCUGUGUCCUCCCGGUAGAAGCCGGCCAGAUAGCCGCAAGUCGGAAGGACAAGAGAACCCAUGUGUCGUGCCUGGAUGACGUCCUUGGUGACUUGAGGACAAGAAGAAAGAGGAAGAACAGGUCCGAUGCAGAGGAUGAUCUCAUGACUACGACACCUCAUCGGCCAUGGACCACGGCCCAGGACGGUGCUGUUGAUGCAGAGCAAAACAGUCACGAAGAAGUCCAAGAGAGCGGUGAUGAUGAAGGGCCACUAGAACAUACCCACAAGAAAGAGGAACCCAAAAUAUCGAAGUCGCACCAGCUUCUACUCAACAUUGCGCAAUCCACAGUACCUCACUUGUCUUCACCCUCUCCCAAGGUCCGUCUCACUUUGUUGGAGCUCCUGCAAGACGUAUGUCCAAUACUGGCACUCCAUGAGAACACAUUUCUGCCUUUGGUCAACCUGAUCUGGCCAGCAGUCGUGGCGAGGCUUCUUACCACGAACGACGAAGCUGCCAACGAUGCAGCUUUCACCGUUAGGGCUGCAGCUACCACAGUAAGGGUCAUGUGCCGUGGCGCGGGAGAUUUCAUGGCCAGCCGAAUCGAAGACAUCUUCGGGGAGCUCGAAACCCUCUUCAAGAAAAUCUUUUCGAGCGUGGUAGGACCAGAGAAGAGCUCCAAGCCAGUCGCGCUGCUCAAUGCCCCCGGAGGAUCACCAUCCGCGCUCACGAAUAGUCCUUUGGUCCCAAGUCACCAGAGCCUGAUGACUGGUGCUCAACCUGCUAUUUUUUCUUCUCUAGAUGGUGCCAGGUCUUCCAAAGGGCAGAUCUUGGAAGCCCUCGUCGACUUGCUGGUCACCAUUCUCCGAGACGUCCGGCUUUCCGAUGACAACGCAGACACAGUCUUCCAACUUCUGGGCUCAUUUAGGCACAGGGAAACAGUACGAGACGCGCUGCUAGAGUACAACGAGGAUGCCGUUUGGCUGCUGGAACAUCAUCCAAGCUGA